AUGGAGCAGCCGAGGGCAAGAAGCGGAGAUUCCAGCUCGGACGAGCUAGAAGAAGGGCUACACCAACUAUGUUUGAGCAGCUAUACCCCGGCGAGGUUAUCAUUACUUAUUGAUGAUAUUAAUUUAAAAAUGGAAUUAGAUACAGGCUCGGCAAUUUCAUGUAUUAGUAAAAAAAUAUAUGAUAAGUAUUUUAACAGUAGGGUCCAGUACAAGAAUAAGGCAAAAUAUUUAGAGCUGUUUGUGAUAGACGGAGGUAUAACUGCUUUGCUUGGCAGGCAAUGGUUAACAGAAUUAGAAAUUAAAGUACCCCCAUUUCAACAAGAAAUCAGCAACCAUAGCCAUGUUAUACACAAGGUGCCUGAUACUGUAAAUAGUUUAUUAAACAGGUAUAAAGAACUAUUCAGCGGCGGAUUGGGGCGGUACACGGGCGGCAAGGCAACACUCCGUUUGCGAGAGGGUGCUCGGCCGGUGUUUUGUCGGGCACGGCCACUGCCUUACGCUCUGAGGGGUCCGGUCGACGUGGAGCUGGACGCCAUGUUGCGCGCGGGCGUCAUUGAGCCCAUGGAGUGCUCGGAGUGGGCGAAGCCGUUGGUACCGGUACGUAAAGCUGACGGCGGACUUCGUAUCUGUGCUGAUUACAAAGUAACUUUAAAUCCUGUCUUACUGGUCGAUAGAUACCCGCUACCGAAGAUCAAUGAUCUAUUAGUGAGCUUAAACUCAUUUCUCAAAAAUUGA